AUGGAUGUUUACAUAACCUACUUAAUAGAACAAAUUGAUAAUUAUUGUUCUGUUGAAGGAAACAGAAUAAAUGCAUAUCAUAUACCUGAACUAAAAAUAAAUCUAAUGCGAAUAGUUAAAGAUUUUCCCAUGUGGAGCAAUGUGAUGAAGAAUUAUUUUAAUUCAAAUUUUUUAACAGCUACUAGUGCCCCAGUAGAAGGAUAUAUAGGUAAAUCAAAAUCAAAAUUUUCAAAGCCUUUGACCGCCGAUAGAUUUAUAACGUCGCACUUAAAAACUAUUGAAAGUGAGACUAAAAUAUCAAGAAGUAUUCAAAUUGAAAAUCGAGACCAAUAUAUUACAACAAAUAAACGUGAAUUAUUAAAAACUAACAGUGUGGACGUCAGAUUUAAAGAAGCAUUGACUGUAAAUAACGUAUUAAACAAUAAGGAAACUGAAGAACAAAAUUAUUCUAAUAAUAGAAUUCCCAACAAUAACGGAUAUGAAGAUAUUGAUAUUGAAGAUGACUUUGCUCAUUAUACUUUUACUAAAGACAACGAAAUUGUAAAUACAAUAUGUGAUGUUCCUAAUGAAGAUAAUAUUUUGCUUGAUAACUUCCAAUAUGAAACUGAAGUAGUAUAUGGGCACGUAUAG